AUUAUUCCACCCAGCUGGUGGCGGUAAUGAAACAGGAGCCAUUUAAGAACAAGAAGGAAGAAGAAGCAUCACGGGUGCAGCAGUACCGCCAUUUCACUUUUCAUUCAUUGGCGUCGAGGCCUACAUCAUUUCGUAGGAUACACAGAGCUUCAUCAUGGUGAAAAUUUUUAUUGGCAACCUUGCCUGCAACACCACACCUGAGGAGCUGCGUGAACUCUUCGAAAAGUAUGGUAAAGUCUCAGAGUGUGACAUUGUCAAAAACUAUGGUUUUGUGCACAUGAACAACAUAUCUGAAGCAGAGGAGGCCAUUAAAAAUCUCCACCAGCACCAGUUGCACGGCUGGCGCAUGAACGUGGAGAUGAGCAAAGGGAGACCCAAGUCCACCACUAAGCUGCAUGUCAGCAACUUAGGUGAAGGGGUCACCAGUGAAGUUCUGCGGGGCAAGUUUGAGGAGUUCGGCACGGUGGUGGAGUGCGAUAUAGUGAAGGACUUCGCCUUUGUUCACAUGGAACGAAUGGAGGACGCCAUGGACGCCAUCAAUAAGCUGGACAACACAGCCUUCAAAGGCAAGCUGAUGAGUGUACAGCUGUCCACCAGUCGGCUUCGCACUGCCCCAGGAAUGGGAGAUCAUACUGGCUGCUAUGUCUGCGGGAAACAUGGUCAUUGGUCGAAAGACUGUCCAGUCGGUCGGAACGGUAGCCACAGUGAUGACACGAGAGGUCGCAGCGGCCGGGUCCCCCCACGCGGUCCCCCGGGUUAUGGCAGGGGCAGCUACCGGAUGGCCAGUCCUCCAUCAUCUGAUUACAUGGGUGGCUCUGCGUAUAGUCGGGCUAGUUACUUAGGUGGGUUGCCGCCUCCCCCUCGUAGGCUUAGCGGUUACGGCUCUGAGCUGGGGGAUCGGUACGGCAGCCGAGCAGCAAGCUCCUAUGCUGAGAGGUCAUCAGUUUAUGACCGUGACCGUCUCUAUAGCAGUGUUGACUAUUAUGAGAAAUACAGAGCUCGCCCUUAUGGCUCAAGCUAUUUCGAGGAUCGUCGCAUGUCCUAUCUCCCCCCUCCCCCACCUCCCUCUUCCUCCCUCUCAAAGCUCUCCUCCAGUAUAGAUCCAUAUGACCGUCGGCCACUGCCUCCACCGUCAUCGGCUGCUGCAGCCGCCGCAUACUAUGCACGGGACCGCAGCCCGAUCAGACGAGUACCAGUCUCCUCAGCGGGCUACACCUAUGAGCGAACACGGCUGUCACCAGUGUCUUCCUCCAGGAGCUCCUAUCCUGCUCCACGACCCAAGGAUCAUUACGCGCCACGCUAUACGCCUUACUAAAGCCAUGGUGCCAAGGUCUGUUUGUGAACUGCAGGACUUUUCCCUUGCCGUCAUUUCUUCAAGCUUCAUGAUUCCAUCAGUCUGCGUGAUGUACAGCAAAACAAAAUGUAUGAGAUGCGGAAAUACUGGUUGGAAAUCACAUUGGCAUGUUAAGGUGCCAGUGGCCUGCAGAUGAAUCGUCCUUACAGUAACACUCACAUAAUCUGUUUUCAAUAAGGAGGAUUUGCAAACUGCACUGUUUGACAUUUACGAUGUAUAAAACUUAACUCACUUGCUCUGCAUGUUUUCAGCUCAGUUUUAAACAUGUCCUCUUUUCUUACCUGUGUUUCUUCCUCACAUUAAGCAAAUCGUUAAAUUUAGCAAAAGUUAAUUGUUUGGCUUCUGUUAAUGUCAUUUAAAAGAAAUGUUCUUGUUUCAUCAAUAUGAACAUUUAUGUACCUUUUGUUGAAUGGUGGAGGGUUAAUCCAUACAGUUAACUAUCAGUUUCCUAGUGCAGUAGAAUCUUAUCCUGCUCUUGGACACACAUCUGACAUGUUCUAGGUCUGUUAUAUGGAUGUGGUUAAAGAUUUGAUGAAAACAAAGCAGAAAAAAAAACAAAAGUUGUGUAUCGUCGGGUGGGAAAGAAACUACCCACUGAAUCCAUACCCAUGCAACUUACUUGGCUGAGACUUUAGCUAGGCUAUAGAAUCACACUUUGCGUUGGAAUAUAAGUUAAGAAAAAAAAAAUCUCUCAAACAUUCCAGCCUCUCAUUUUUCUAAUUUGAAUGUAAGUCUACAAAACAUUGAAUUGCUGAAUUUUAUAACACUUGUUGAGGUGUUUGCUGAUCCGAAGUCAAAAUUCUUGAAUUAAGUGUCUUUGAGUGACACCGAAACAGGAAUGUCGGCUGACAUACGUCGUGCAAUUAAGUAACACCAUGACUAUGUUCUCUCCAUGCCAACGUCGUUGCAGACUUUGCCUUCAGCUGACAACAGAAAAAUCUCCUGUCAUGUCUUUUUUUGACUUUUUGUCUUGGGUGGAUGUUGAUUGUGAAACUAUAUACAUACAUAUAACAGCAUAAGCAGAUACAGAAAUGUGAGGCAAGGACUCAGGGCUUGGGCUGGAUGUCAAAGGCACUUGUGUUUUGUUGAAGGUGCCUUUGUUUGUUUUGCAUAUAGAAGUUGGAUUUCAAGUUUGUAUUUUUCAUACUGUAAAAGUACCAGCAUACAUUACACAUCUAAAAUGAAUAUGAUUUUUAAUAAAGCCAAAAUGAUUUUGGUGACACUUGA